GAAUUAAACGACCUACAUUCCUAUCAAGGAGCCUGGCGUUUUCAAGGCAACCUAAACAAUUCCUUGCUUUUUAUGCCAUUUUAUGCAUUUUGCGAACAACGAUUACGAUCGUUACGCGUACUUAAAUCAAAAACAUCACAGUCUGUUCGAUGCUCUCUUCGGAAGACAUGGCUACACGAUAGAAAACGUUUAUCAAAGAAUUUUAAGCAAAUUGUUUUUAGCGAUCUCCUCACGAAAUACUCAGAACCUCAUGCAGAAAAUUGUUUUCUACAUUACGUCGAGGACCAAAGAGAUGCAAUUCAGGGGAAGCAGAUCACGUGCGAUUGCUGUUGUAUCUUUUGCCCUUGGAUGCGUUCUUACCCGUUUUUUAUGUUCAUACCAAGAUUUACCCGUAAGACGAGAAACGAAUGAAGAAGCAUUGGAAGCUGUGCUAGACGAAACAUCUCUGCCAAUCUUCGACCCAGAAACAAUUCAACCGGAACUUUUCCACCCGCCAGAAAAUCGUCAGCCAGUCACUACAGCUUUAAAACCAACCUUACCCCCCUACCCACCGUUAUUAAACAGAACAGCGGUAAUUCUUACUCCUUCCACUUGUAAUAAAGACGCGUUUCUCGUAAUAAUUGUUGUUUGCUCCAGCAAGGAUUUUGAAGCGCGAAAGGUUGUGAGAUCUUCUUGGGGGACAAAAAUCACGGAAGUGAAACGGUAUAACUCUAACUCCCUUUAUGAACAGUUUCAAGCUUAUUUCGUGAUCGGAAGCGACGAAAUAAACGACGAAAGAGUCGAAGAGGAAUCGCAACGUUACGACGAUAUCAUACGUGGUAAUUUCAUGGACACUUAUGCGCAAAUAAAUGAGCUCCACACGGUGAAAACCCUUCUGGGGCUGAAAUGGGCCACCACGAUAUGUGACCCGCAGUACAUAUUAAGAGUCAACGCGGAGUCUUUCGUUAACGUUCAAGAGACCAUCAGAUGGCUGCAUUCAUUAGGCAAUGACUCAAAGUAUAAGGAAGGUUUGUAUACAGGGUAUCACCACACAUUGUCUUCUGGUGGAGUGAAGGUGAUUAGAAAUCCUCUAAGUCCUUACUUCAUUCCAGAAGACCAAUGGUCCGAUGAUCUUCUUCCAAGUUAUGUGUCAGGGGUUGGUGUCGUCCUCUCGCGGGAUGUUGCUGAAAAAAUAGUGCACACUGCUUCGGAGAUGAAAUUGAUUCAUAUUGAUGACGUCUUCCUUGGUGUAAUGGCGAAGAAGCUUGACAUUGCAGUGUCCGACCACAGUCCCCGUUUCGACAUCGCCUACACCACCAUGCUGACUGAAUGCAAAGAUCUUUAUUUUUGUGUCAUCGGCGGCGUUCCUACCAAGGAUAUGUUUUAUCUUCAUCAAAAUGUGCACCAUCUUAGAUCUAUUUGUGCUACCAACGAGUCACAAUUGCCAGGAUGACUGAUUACACUCCUUCAUCAGUAUGCAUAUUCCCCAUACUGUUCACCAUAUAUUUCCUAUAAGGUGUUGACGAGGAGAAUUUG